UAGCAUGUAGCUCAGCGGUUCUUCUGCAUCGUAACUUUUCAUAACCCGAAAUAAGCGACAUUAAAAAGCAGCUCGACGAAACCUUUGAUUCCACGCGUGUAGUCGCGGUUCUCUUUCAGCUCAGGGUCUCUGGGUGUGUGUGUGUGUGUGAGCAUCAUCCACAUCAACAUGAGCGACCUGUGGCAGGAGUGUAUGGACCACUGUGUGGAGGUCACCAAGAAGGCAGGGAAGAUGAUCCGUGAGGCGCUGGAAAAGGACAUUGCCGUCAUGCAGAAGAGCUCACCAGUUGACCUGGUGACUGAAACAGACCAGAAAGUGGAGCAGCUUAUUAUAUCCUCCAUCAAGGAAAAGUACCCCACACACAGCUUUAUAGGUGAGGAGUCUGUAGCAGCAGGAGCACCAAGUGUUCUGACUGACGAUCCCACUUGGAUCAUCGACCCCAUUGAUGGUACCACCAACUUUGUUCACAGGUUCCCAUUUGUGUCUGUAUCAAUAGGCUUCACUGUGAAGAAAGAGAUAGAGUUCGGUAUUGUCUACAGCUGCAUUGAGGAUAAAAUGUACACGGCCAGGAAAGGAAAAGGAGCGUUUUGCAACGGAGUUCCAAUCAAAGUGUCUGGACAAGAAGAUAUUAAACAGUCUCUGGUGCUGACAGAAAUGGGCUUCAAGAGCGAUCCCGAGAAAUUCAAAACCAUGUUGGCCAACAUCAAGACCAUCCUCGCCAUCCCUGUACAUGGAAUUCGUUGCCCGGGCAGCGCAGCUGUCAACAUGUGUUUGGUGGCUUGCGGCUCAGCUGACGCUUACUACCACAUGGGCAUCCACUGCUGGGACAUGGCUGGAGGGGCGGCGGUGGUUACCGAGGCUGGAGGAGUGAUCAUGGACAUUUCAGGCGGACCAUUUGAUCUGAUGUCUCGGAGGCUGAUCGUGGCGAGCAGCAGGGCGAUAGCAGAACGCCUCGUGAAGGAAAUCACUGAGUUCCAAGUUGGCCGCGACGACACGGACCAGCAGUAAACUUCAACACUCUCAUCAGCUGUAUUGUAUUUAUCAGGUCAGGAUUCUGUCUUUGCCUUAUGAACCAAAACUAUGAACUUACCUCUGAAGUGUUUCAACACUCGGUGCUUAGAUUUUCGUUCUUCUCUCUACUUCACUUUUAAAUCGCAGACAUUCACAGAUUCAUACUGUCUAUUCAAAUGGGACUUAUUGGGACUCUUGUGUUUGUAAUCACCUUGCUCAUUUUCAUUAUUUAUUAUUUAUACUUAGUUAUAUAAAGGAUGUAACCAGCAAGGAAGUAUGUUUGAGAUACAUCUUGGGUAUUUGCCUUUUAUUAAAAGGACAAAUUAAGUAUGAAAUGGGGAAAGAGAGUGGGGAAGGGGACACCGGAGUCUGUGUGGUAGUGAUCGUGGAGUAGAGGCGAGAUAUUGGGGUCCCUCUGAUUCGUGCUCAACCAAUUCUGAGUGAGUCUUUGCUUUAAAUAAUAUAAUCAAAUAACUAAAUAAAACCAAACUCUGUAAUGGGAACUACCCAAAACGUCACAAACCAGCUUGAGACAAAUGUAUUUGACUUGUGUUUUGACCUUUAAGUUUGGUUCGUGUCUCCUCUGCUGACAUGGAGGAGAAUGGGUUUAACACCCAUAUUACAAUCAGCCACAAGGGGGCAAUCAAAAUGAUUUGGCUUCACGUGAGCGGAGCGGUCAUGUCUAUGGUCACAGCACUAUAGGAAAUAAUUGUAAUACAGAAUGUUCCACUUUUCAUAUCAGUGAUAUUGUUUCUAUUCUUAGGUUGAUCGUAUUUGUAUGUGUUUGUAGAUUAUUCCAUAGUGAUUAUACAUCAUUCAUUUUAUUGCCAUGACGAGUUUGCACUAUAGCUCAUGUAAGAAACAUUGUGUAUAUACAACCACUGUAUUGUAUAACUGCUUCUCUAUCACGUCCAAUAUACAUCGGUGGUGUUUUUAAAAAUCUGUGCAGUAUGUUCUAAGGUGUUUUAAAGGUGAAUUUAAAGAUAGCAGCAAAUAAAAAAGGACACUUUGAGUA